AUGGAAGAUGUUCAAUCACACCCGAAUCCAUUUUUACGUGCAACCAUGUGGUCAAGAGUUUCAUUAAGUUGGAUAGUAGAGUUAAUUAAUAUUAGUCAUAAACAAGGUAGACUUUACUUUCACAAUCUGUACGACAUUCUUCCACAACAUAAAUCAAAACUAUUAACUGGAAAGUUGGAGAAGCGUUGGUUCGAUGAAGUUCACCAUCAUGAAGAUAACGCAAGUCUACUUCGAGCUACUGUGCAUACGAUUCGAUGGACACCGAUUCUAAUUGGUUGUAUACUUAUUCCUUUAAAAAUAGCAAUGAUUCUUCAGCCGUUGUUGAUUAUUUACAUGAUGAAAUAUUUUGAACCGUGUUCUACAAUGUCUACUUCACUAGCAUAUUCACUUGCAGUGUUCAGUUUUUUACUUUUUCUAUCCAGUAGUUUUUGUCACCAUGCAUUUUAUUACCUUAUUGAUAUAUUCGCAAUGAAGGUUCGAGUGGCACAUCAGGGUUUAAUCUAUCAGAAAGUUCUUCGUUUAUCUACACAUUCGUUGAAUGAAUUUGGUUCUGGUCAGAUAACCAAUGUGUUUUCGAAUGAUGCUACUCAGAUUGAAAUGGCACUGAUAUCUAUGAACUUCUUAUGGAACGCCUUCACUGAUAUCAUUGCCAUGACGUUUUUGUUCUGGUAUUUUAUCGAGUAUAUUACAUUAGUUGCAAUUGGAUAUACAAUUAUAACAGUUUUUAUCACAUUUGUAAUCGGUCAUUUUCUAGUGUAUUUUCGAAUCAAAGUUUUAAAGGUGGCUGAUGAACGAAUAAAGAUCAUGUCUGAAGUGAUCCGUUCGAUGCGAUUGAUUAAAAUGUAUUGUUGGGAAGUAGCCUUAGAUCGGAAUAUUUCUCGCAUUCGACAACGGGAAAUCAUUCGAUACAUUUUCAUCUUAAGUCUCAAUACUAUUUCUGUGACUUUGUCGAACAUCUAUGUUCAUAUGACAUUUUUAAUUAUGUAUGCAUUAAUGUGGUCCCGUGGUAUUCCAAUUGGUAUACAGUUUUUUACUGUAGCAUCGUGCAUGUUAACUUAUUUUGAAGUAUCCUUGCUUGAGUUUGGUAUAGCAAUACGAGAUAUCGCCCAUUACUUAUCUGCAGAAAGACGCAUGAAUACAUUUUUGUUACUCGACGAAUCAGAACGAGAUAAUCGAUUAAAAUCUACCGUGGACGACGGAUCUGUCAGAAUUGAAUGCCAGUUGGAACGAGCAUACUGGAAUCAAAAUGGAACAUUUUCUUUGCAAAAUAUUCUCUUCCGUGCUCAUUCUGGUGAUCUCAUUUGCAUCAUUGGACCAGUCGGAUCUGGCAAAAGCUCUUUAUUGCAAACAUUAACAGGUGAAAUCACAUACUUCGAUGGUACAGUUCGACUGAAUGGCUCAUUUUGUUACGUACCGCAAGAAUCUUGGAUAUUUUCUUCGACGAUCAAAAACAACAUCCUAUUUGGUAAAGAAUAUGAUAGUCAACUGUUUCGGCGAGUGAUUCAUGCCGCUGCACUUGAUACGGAUUGUGAUCAAUUACCCGAUGGAAUUCAAACUAUGGUUGGUGAUCAAGGUGUCAUGUUAUCUGGAGGUCAAAAGGCGCGUGUCAAUAUGGCACGAGCACUCUAUCGAGAGGCAGAUAUUUACUUAUUGGAUGAUCCAUUGUCUGCUGUUGACACCAAAGUUUCAAAAUAUCUAUUCGAAAGAUGUAUCAGAGAUUAUCUACGCGAUAAAAUCUGCGUUCUUGUUACACAUCAGAUACAGUUUUUACAAGAUGCAACUAAAAUUAUUAUGUUGGAUAACGGUGAAAUGGUUCAUACAGGGACAUAUUCAGAAUUAUUGACAUCUUCACCUCUGUUCGGCCAAAUGCUCCAUAAUAUCAAUCAACAAAAAUGUACGAAUGAUUCAAAGAAAGUUCAGACAAUACCUUCAUUCAGUCGGAUGGCCUCGUCUGGAUCAACGGAUGAAACCGAAGAAUCUUUACUAACUGAUCAUAUAGAAAUGCAUGAAAAAGGUUCAGUGAAAUGCCAUGUUUAUAUCGAUUAUAUUCGAGCAAGUAGCGGUGCGUUCAUUGGUAUUGCUCUGUUGUUGAUAACAUUCGGUUUCCGAGAAAUCCUUUCGAUUUUUGCAACUUGGUGGUUGGCUGAAUGGAGUGAAGACGAAAAUCAUCGACAUGGGCAAUAUGCUAAUUGCACGGAUACGAAAGAUAAGAAAAUGAAUGCAAUCAAGUUAAUGAAUGAAUCUGAAUGGAGCAAUCAUCACAAUCGAAAAUUCUACUUCUAUUGCAUCACUGUGUUUAUUCUAACAAUUCUGACACUAUUGCGUACAAUUACUCUACAAUCAUUGUGUUUAAAUGCUAGUCGAAUGCUACAUAAUCGGAUGUUUCGACGACUUAUUCGAUGUCCAAUAGCAUUCUUUGAUCUGAAUCCCAUUGGCCGUAUUUUAAAUCGUUUUACAAAGGACAUCGCUCUGAUAGAUGAGACAUUGCCUAACACAGUUUUCGAUUUUCUGCACUGUUUUUUUGUAGCAGUGGGAAUGAUGGCUUUCGUCAGUUGGCUCAAUCCGUGGUCCCUUAUACCAGCGACUAUCGCUAGUAUUGGAAUGCUGUACAUCCGAUAUCAAUAUGCCACCUGUUCUCGAGAUUUGAAACGUCUAGAAGGUACGACACGCAGUCCUUUCUACUCGUAUUUGGCAUCAACUGUUCACGGAUUGAAAGUGAUUCGCUCGUAUCGUGCUGAACAAAUGUGCUCAAACGAAUUUUUUCAACACCUGGAUAACAAUACAAGAGUCAAAUUUUUACUAACAGCAACUAACCGAUGGGCAGCCAUUCGAUUCGAAGCGAUCACCCUGUUCUUCAUUAUUGUAGUAACUCUACUCGCCCUUUUUGCGCGUACUACAGGUGGUCAUUUUUCUACGGCAAAUAUUGCGCUAACACUCUCGAAUGCUGUCAGUCUAGUAGGCCUUCUCCAAUGGACUAUCAGACAAUCAGUCGAAGUCGAAACACAAAUGACUUCUGUCGAACGAAUACUCGACUACUGUUCACUGCAACAAGAACAAUCAUCACUAAAGUCAUCACCUCCUUCUAACUGGCCACAACAUGGUCGGAUCAUCUUCAACAAUGUUUCCAUGUCUCAUUCCAGUCAACCACAUGCACCACUCGCUCUUCACAACAUCUCGUUCGUCAUCGAACCAGCGCAGAAGAUUGGCAUUGUCGGAAGAACAGGUGCUGGCAAGUCUUCACUCAUUCAGACUCUCUUUCGCAUGGCAACUCUUGUCGAUGGUCAUAUCAUCAUCGAUGACAUCGACAUCAACACUCUGCCACUCGAUCAUCUCCGGCAACGCCUCUCCAUCAUUCCACAAGAUCCUGUUCUCUUCACUGGCACGAUCAGAUCCAAUCUCGAUCAGUUCGGUCAAUACUCGGAUGCUGAAAUCUGGAAUGCACUCGAACAGGUGCAACUGAAGAAACUCGUACGAGAAAUGAUGUCAGAUGGUCUGCAGUCACAUGUAAGUGAAAGCGGAUCGAAUCUGAGUGUUGGUCAGAAACAGUUAGUGUGUUUGGCAAGAGCAAUACUCAAGAAGCGCAAGAUUUUGGUGAUUGACGAAGCGACUGCAAAUGUUGACAACGCAACGGAUGAACUGAUACAAAAAGCGAUUCGUGAGCAGUUUGUUGGGUGUACAGUGUUGACAGUGGCACAUCGUUUACGAACAGUGAUCGAUAGCGAUCGAGUGAUGGUGCUGAAUGAUGGGAAAGUAGUGGAGUUCGAUUCGGCGGAAGUGUUGUUAUCGAACGGUGCCUCGUAUUUUAGUGAACUCGUGAAACAAACAGGUCCGGCCGAAGCUGAGCGAUUAUACGAAUUAGCCAAGCAAAAAGCUAUACAAUAG